AUGAAAAGCCUCAACGUUCUCAUCGUUGGCGCUGGCAUAGGCGGUCUCCAGACUGCUUUAGCCCUUGCCGCGGACGGCCACCGAGUCACCAUCUUCGAAUCCGUCAAGGAAUUCCUCGAAGUAGGUGCAGGAAUCCGAGUGCCGCCGAACUCCUCGCGGCUCAGUCUAUCAUGGGGCGUGGACUUUGAUUCGAUCAAAAAGCAAGUCUCAUUGGGCAAUCGAUUCGUCGACUGGAAAGAUAAAAUCCUUCUGGACAUACCGUUCUCUGACGUCGAAAGUCGAUAUGGCGCCCCGUACUACUUCAUCCACCGCGCAGACUUGAUCAAUGCUCUGGUCGAGGCGGCGAACAAACGCGAGAAUAUCACACUACGAAUGAACGCCAAAGUUGUCGAGUAUGACUACGAAAAGCCAGCGUUGAAGACGGCAGACGAGCAAUGGCACCAUGGCGACCUGAUCAUUUGUGCGGACGGUAUCAAAUCAGCUGUUCGAAACGAGAUCAAUGGAUCACCAGUCGACCCCGUGGACACAGGAGACGUCGCAUAUCGUAUUCUCGUCCCUGCUGGGCCAUUGCUCGAGGACCCUCAAACACGACAUCUCGUCACGGAGCCAUGGGCAGUGCACUGGAUAGGCCCCGAAGGACACGCCGUAGGAUAUCCUCUACGCGACGGCGAACUCUAUAACAUCAUCAUCGACGUGACGCAUGCCACAGACUUCGGUGCCCCAGUCGAAGAAGGCGAAUGGAAGUCCCAGGCCGACAACUCAGAGCUUGUACGUCGUUUUGCGGACUGGUGCUAUCCGGUGCGCAAACUGUGCGGGUUGACAGGACAAUAUCUGAAAUGGAAACUAGCCGACUUUGACCAACUCCAGCGCUGGGUCCAUCCGAGCGGAAAAGUAGCCUUGCUCGGCGACUGUUCUCAUCCGAUGAUGCCAUACCUUGCCCAAGGUGCAGCGCAGGCUACCGAAGAUGCGGCUACGCUGCAAGCUGCUCUUGCGUACUUCGAUACUCUUCCCGAAGCACUUGAUGCGUUCCAACGGCAGCGGAUACCGAGAGCUGCAUAUGUCGCGCGAAACACUCGCGUCAUUCAAGAGUGGCUGCAUCUUUACGACGGUCCGGAGCGAGAUCAUCGGGAUGAACUGAUGAGGCAUGAUAACUCGCAGAACCCGAUCUUUUGGGCAGAUACGCGGCGGAAGGAUUGGUUGUUCGGACAUGAUGCGCGCAAAUUGCUUGACGAAGACGGGAUGGAAAUACCGGAGUUGCCGCCAGAUCCGGUAGCUGCGAGAAAGGCUAGGAUGGCUGGAGUGGACGUUCAAAAUGGAAGUGCUGGCUGA